CCUGCCUUCAAACUGACACUUGGAACUGGGCCAGGUCCUGUGGGAGGGGCCUGUAUUCUCACUCAUAUAUUUUCAUCGCUGACAGCAUGUCAGUUGAAUUACCUGGUCAACUGUUCGCAGCAUCUCUGAAGGCAAACAGAUGGUCAUCUCUUUCACCAUGGAUUCCCUCGUCGCAGCCAAUAGCAAGUUCUGUUUUGAUCUCUUCCAAGAGAUAAGCAAAGACCACAGUGGUAGAAACAUCUUCUUCUGUCCUUUGAGCCUCUCGGCUGCCCUGGGCAUGGUCCGUCUGGGCGCCAGAAGCCGCAGCGCCACCCAGAUCGACCAGGCGCUUCACUUCAAUGAGUUCUCCCAUGAUGAGAGCAAAGAGUCUGACCCAUGUCUGAAAAACCAAAAGCAAAGAGCAGUGGCUAGCGGUUCUCCAGAAGGGCAGGAAGAAAGGCCUGUGUCUGCAGAUGAGCAGGACAGCUGUUCAGAAGACGAAAGCGGACUGCUCAGCUGCUAUUUUGGGAAGCUUCUCUGCAAACUGGACAGCACCAGAGCUGAUUACACUCUGAGUAUCGCCAACAGGCUGUAUGGAGAGCAAGAGUUCCCAGUCUGCCAGGAAUAUUCAGAUGCCGUGAUUCAGUUUUAUCACACGACAAUUCAAAGUGUAGAUUUCCGGAAAGACACUGAGACAUCCAGACAGAAGAUUAAUUUCUGGGUUGAGUCUCAGACCCAUGGUAAGAUCAAGGAACUCUUCGACAAAGACACAAUCACUGAUGACACGGUUCUGGUGCUGGUGAAUGCUGUCUACUUCAAAGCCAAGUGGGAAAAGUACUUUGACGCAGAGAAAACCGUGGAUGCCCCGUUCUCCCUCAGUGAGAAUGAAAACAAGACAGUGAAGAUGAUGAAUCAAAAGGGCGUCUUCAGAAUCGGGUUCAUUGAGGAGGUGAAAGCCCAGGUCUUGGAGAUGAGGUAUUCUGAGGGAGGGCUCAGCAUGUUCGUCCUGCUGCCUUCCGGCUCGGGAGACCACUUGAAGAACCUGGAAGAGCUUGAAAAGAGUAUCACCUAUGAAAAAAUAGUGGCCUGGAGCAGCUCAGAAAAGCUGUCAGAAGAAAGAGUAGCGGUCUCCUUUCCCCAGUUCACCCUGGAGGACAGCUACGACCUCAAUUCCAUCCUGCAGAACAUGGGUAUCACAGACAUCUUUGACGAAGCGAAGGCUGACCUAACUGGGAUUUCUCCAGAUUCUAAGCUGUUCCUAUCCAAAGUCAUCCACAAGACUUUUGUGGAGGUGGAUGAAAAUGGCUCUGAGGCAGGGGCAGCCAGUGGGGCUGUGGGCACGGUGAGGUCCAGUGCACCCUGGGAGAUUUUUAAUGUUGAUCAUCCUUUCCUCUUUUUCAUCAGACACAACAAGACCCAAACCAUCCUUUUCUAUGGUAGGCUCCUUUCUCCUUGAAAGUCUCAGACAGGGCGGCUGGCAGGAAAUGGCAAUUCCCCUGGGGUAUACAGCACUGGCUCUUGUGAAACUCCAUCCAACCAAAUUCUGUCUCAACCCCAGCUCUCUUUCCUCCAGCCUUUGGUCUCUGCUUGCUCUAUUUUUCCAACUCUGUAGCUGAUUUCCACCCAAGUCCAUUAAAAUCAAAAGGCUUUUGCUCCCUCCCUAAUUCUUCCCCACCCCAAGCUUUCAAGCAUAUAAAUCUGCUUCACUUGUGGUGACUCAGCUGCUGAGGGUGGAAGGUACUAGAUCCUCCUUUGGCCUAACCACUGUCCUUUUGGGGUGUUUUACUCAGUCCUCAAAUGGCUGCAGAAAGAAAACAGAGCAGAAAGACUGAGGCUGGGGAGACAACAGAGAAAAUCCAGGAGAGAGGUGGGUACCCCAAAUUUACACGAGCAGAGAUCUUGUGCUUCUAAGCUCAGGGGAAUGUAGGAGUGGGAGGAAACUGGGUAUAUACGUAUUGACACACCGGACAUCAGAUGACACAGGAAGCCACUGGAUCCUGCCUUUCCAUCCAGCCUCGCUAACCUGCAGCCAUGGCUCAGUCCCUAUUGUCCAUUGCCAUCACUCUUGUGUUUUAGAAUUGCUAUGUGUUUUUCUCCUUUUCACAUGUAACUGUGGUAGAAAGUUAGGCAGAAACUGUCACUGGUGCAGAAUAUAUCUUUCCUAUGUAACUGAAUUGUUGGCACUAGAUGUUUCUAAAUUUUUAAUGAAAGUUGCUACUGUUAUUUCCCCCGCAAAGCUUAACUAGGGCUUUGUGCCUCAGUGAUCUCAACAUUCUUGGCAGAAUCCUUUUUUUUUUUUUUUUUUCUUUUCUGAGAUGGAGGGUGAGGGACAGAAGGGAAGGGAAAGAGAAUGAGAAGGAGAGACACACUUCACUGCUCCAACCCCGUGGCUCUCCCCCUUUUGUCUGGUGCUCCUGUGUGAUGAUUGGGCACUCCAGUCGGAGUCCUUGUGAAUGACAAAGUGUGCGCCCUAUUGGAUGAACUAUCUUUAUCUCUUUCUAGGAAUUAAGCUUUAUUUUGUAUUUUUUUUUUUAAUUGCCAGUAGGGUUACAUAUCCAGCACUCCUGGUGUCCAUUCUUUGCUUUUUUUUUUUUCUUUCUAUUUUUUUUUUUGAUAAGACAGAGAGAAGUUGAAAAGGGAGGAGGAGUUAGGGAGAGGAAAGAUAGACACCUGCAGACUUGCUUCUCUGCUUGUGAAGUUUCCCCCUUGCAGAUGGGGACCAGGGGCUUGAAACUGAAUCCUUGUGCAUGGCAACAUAUGUGCUCACCUGGGCACUCCAUCUCCCUGCUCUCCCGCUUCCUUCUUUUUUGACUUGGGAUUACGUCAUUAGGAUACAUUCUCAAAGAACAGGAAUCGUCUAUUUCCCCACUGUCUCUAAUAAAAUGAAGAUAUUGGGCUCAGUACACAUUUGAGACCCCUGAGUUCACUCCAUCAUGCUUCAUUAAAAUAAAGACAAAUAAAAAUUUAAUCAACUAAAAUGAAUAAAGAGCUAUUUACAAAAAGU